UCAAACGAAACAUUUCUCGAAUCGUUCGUCGUAAUCCUAAAAAUCUGUAAAUCUAAGUUUGAAGGAGCGUCGCGUAGUUUCGAAACGCCCACGAGCGUUCGAGAGCCUGGCAUCGCGACGUCCGAAUAGCCAGUUUUAACGACGAACCCGUGAAAAAGCGGCGACGACUAUUCAGGUGUAGAUUAAAAACGAAAAUCGACACUUUAGAAAAAUGGCGAAAUUAGUAAAUAAACAAUUCAAUACGCCGAUUGGCCUUUACUCCCAACAAAAUAUCCAAGACGUCCUAGACAGAGAAGCGCAAAUCUUAGCUAAUGGUGCAGUGGGUAUUGAUUUUAGGAACCCAGACGUUGGUAAACCGGAUAAUUUGAAAAAUUCGGCAGUUCUUAGAAUGCUGGAGGAGGAAGAAAGUAGGCAAAGAAACGGUUAUGGAUCUGGCAGCGACCGAAUCUCGAAACCCCUACGAGCUUGGCCCCCUCCAGACUACGAACAAAAGAACCAACAGCGAUCGAAGUUUAAAGAUGUCGUAAUUCCAGGAGUAAAGCGGGUAGCUUGGCCUCCACCACUCGAAAUUGGACAAGACAGUCCUUAUAUCGAACAAAACUCAGUUCAAGGACAAGGUGGACCUCAAUACCCCUCUCAAUCUGCCGGCCAACAGAAUAACUACCCCCAAUCGGUGCCUUCUAACGCCCCUUAUCAACAACAACAACAACAACAAGUCCCCUACCAACAACAGCAAGUCCCUUACCAACAACAGCAAGUCCCCUACCAACAACAACAACAACAACGUGCCCCCCUAAAAUUGGAUGUCUCUCAGGGCGGACAAUCCCCAUUAGCUUCGCCUCUGUCUAAUCAGAGCCCACACGCCUAUCGCCCGACUACCCCUAGCAAGGGGUGGGCUCCCGUCCAUUCGCCUGUAGCUACUCCUAGCCAACCUACUUGGAGGCAAAAUAGCCCUCAAGUUGCUUACCAACCCCAGCAAUCUCCCGUCGCUAAUUCCAAUCAACCGGCUUGGAGACAAAGCGGCCCUCAAGCCGCCUAUCAACCCCAGCAAUCUCCUGUAGCUCAGCCUAAUCAACCGGCUUGGAGACAGGCCAGUCCUACAAAAUUCCAAGCCGCUCAUCAGCCAGUUAGUCAACAGACUUUCUUGGGGCAGCAAUACGCACCUGUUCAGAACCAACCUAUACAAGUACCUGUUGAACAAUAUCAAUUGCCUGGUCAACAGUACCAGUCGCCUGGUCAACAAUACCCGUCGCCUGGUCAACAUUAUCAAUCUCCUGGCCAACAAUAUCAAUCUCCUGGUCAACAAUAUCAAUCUCCUGGUCAACAAUAUCAAUCUCCUGCUCCUCAGCAAUAUCAAACCCCAGCUCUUCAGCAAUACCACUCUCCUGGUCAGCAAUAUCAAUCUCCUGCUCCUCAGCAAUAUCAGUCCCCUGCUCCUCAGCAAUAUCAAUCCCCUAGCCAACAGUACCAAUCUUCUGAUCAACAAUAUCAGACUUCUGGCCAGCAACAAACUUCUUCUGAACAAUAUUCUUAUUCUCAGCAAUAUCAAUCAUCUGAACAGGUGUAUCAAUCUCAACCGCAAUACCAAUCACAACCACAAGGCUACGGUGCUCCAUCUCAGGGGCAACGACAGGCAUCUAGACCAGUAGAACCGCCACCAACGACAAUCACUCUCCGUCCUCAGGCUCCAGUGAGUCAGGCUCCACCACCAGUGUAUACUUCUCAACCAGCCACGGCGAACCUUAAAGUUAAAAUCUCAGCGAAACAUUUACGAGGAGACCUAAAAUGGCCUCCCGACGACGUAAGACGAAAGAUGUACGAAGAAGCCGAAAACGUAAAUAAUAGUAAUAGUUUCCUUUCUCUUCAAGGUGGAAAACAUCUUCGAGGAGACCUGAAAUGGCCUCCAGAAGAGGUGAAAAUGCAGGCCGAGGAAGAGAACAGGCUUCGCUUAGAACUGGCCAAAGGCCCCGUUUGUAGGCCCAGGAAGGUUAAAAAGGAUUAUACGUCAUUCUUUGAACAACACGCAUUAAACUCUACGUAUCCUGGUUAUAAGAUUCCUCCUGGUACACAGUUCUAUAAGCCAGAAUAGAAAAGUUAUUUAGUUAUUUUUUGAUAAUGAUUUUAAAUUAGCUGAUUUUUAAUUAUGCCGUAGUAAGCAUUCAAAAAUAAGUAAUGACGCUUCUUUUAAAAUAUUAAAAACUAAGUAAAUAUAUUUCAAAAUUUACAUAUUGUAAAACUCGCACAAUGAGCAAACCUCAUACGACUUAAGAAUCUUGGCGUACGUUUGACAGUUGACGGCUAGCAUCCUGAGUGUUUAUUAGCCGAAAUGACAAAAUUUGAAUAUUUUGACCUAUGAAAAUAAUAUUUAAAUAUUUUUUGUUUUUUUCUUAUUUUUGAAUGACUUACAUGAUUGUUUGUUCAUCGCUACACUGUCCAAACAAAAUGAAAAAGAUUAAUACAAAACUGUAACAUAAAUAGAAAUGUAUAUACAUACCUACCUACCAAUGUAGAUUAUGUAAAUCUAUUUAUCUUAUUUGGACAUUUUGUAAAUAAAUAAUUUUAAGGUGCUAAGUUUGUGAUAAAUGAUAAUGCUCUUUGAACUGAUUUUCAAGCGAAUAACUAAUUAUAAAAUUUGCGAUUUAUUUUAAAAAUAAUUAUAUAAAAAUAUAUAUAUUUAAAAAUGUAUUUAUUCGAUUUUAAACAUGCCGCUUUUCUCAACGAUUUUGAUAUAUUGAUGUCGAUACGACAGCUUUGCUCUUUUGCAAAACUUAUUUGUGAAUAUAUUAUUACUAUUAUAUGUUAUAUGUAGAUUUAUAUAUAAAAUAUGUAAAACUAUUCUUGUAAGAUAUUUGUACUAUGUACGGUAACCAAAAAAAUUAAAUAAUAAUAAACCUGUAAAAACUUU